AACGUAGCAAGCUUUACGUUCUUUCCUGUAAUGGGGUCGUUCCAGACAUGUUUGGUUUUUCGUUUUGUGAGUGGCUGUUGGGCGGUGAUUCUCUGGAGUCGCCCAAGGUCGGCGCCGCUCGAUCCGAUCGGAUUUGUGAUCUGCGACUUCUGAUUAGGGGGCCAAGAGCUUUGGAAAAAAUUUGUGCGUGUGAUUUCUUUUUUCCAGGUUGGAGGAUCCAUUUGUCUGAACAUUCACCGAAUUAUCAAGUCUCUCUUGAAUGCUUUUUCUUUUUAGAUAAUAUCUUUCAAGCCUCUCUAGAUCUUGCUCAGCAGGGAACGUAGGGAAUGCUGAAAGAUGUAUCUAACAGAAUUAGACUCUGUCUCAAGUGUUGAUGAGGUUGGAAGAGUAAGAAAGCUGUCCUUACUUAUGCAUGAUGAGACUGGUGUUUUGGCACUCGACCGUUUAGAUCUAUUGCCUCAACUUCAGAAUGGAUCCUGUAGUCAUGUAAUGGCUGUUGUUCUAGUGCAAUAUUUAUGUGGAGACGGUUAAGCAGCUUGAAAAUAUAUUUACUCCAGCACCAUAGCAUUGCUUUUUAGAUAUUUUCUUUUCUUGAUUUGGCAUGGAAAAUAAACCCAGUGUAUUGACUCAAAGAUACGAACUAGGACGACUUCUUGGUCAAGGCACCUUUGCGAAAGUCUACUAUGGGAGAAGUCUUCGGACAAGCGAGAGUGUAGCUAUUAAGGUCAUAGACAAAGAAAAAAUCUUGAAGGUUGGUCUGAUGGAUCAAAUCAAGCGAGAAAUCUCUGUUAUGAGAAUUGUUAAACACCCUCACAUUGUGCAGCUUUAUGAGGUAAUGGCCACCAAGAGCAAAAUUUACUUUGUCAUGGAAUAUGCUAAAGGUGGCGAGCUCUUUAAUAAGGUUGCUAAAGGAAAGCUGAAGGAGGAUAUCGCUAGGAAAUUCUUCAUACAGCUUAUGAAUGCAGUUGAUUUUUGCCACAGUAGGAAUGUUUAUCAUCGAGACAUCAAGCCAGAGAAUUUACUCCUAGAUGAGAACGACAAUCUGAAGGUGUCUGAUUUUGGAUUAAGUGCACUUGCAGAAUCCAAGCGCCAAGAUGGGCUGCUCCAUACAACUUGUGGCACUCCUGCUUAUGUGGCUCCUGAAGUGAUUCGCCAAAAAGGCUAUGAUGGGGCCAAAGCUGAUAUUUGGUCAUGUGGGGUGGUCUUGUAUGUUCUAUUGGCAGGCUAUCUUCCUUUUCACGAUUCAAAUUUGAUGGAGAUGUAUAGGAAGAUAGGCAGAGCAGAUUUUAAAUGCCCUAGUUGGUUCCCUCCCGAAGCUCGGCGCCUUCUAGGCAAAAUAUUAGAUCCGGACCCUAGUACAAGGAUUUCCAUAGCCAAGAUAAAGGAAAGUUCUUGGUUUAGGAAAGGGUUAAUCUCCAACAAACAGAUUAUGCGGGAAACGGAGAACAGGGACAUGGAUGUCUCGCAGUCAAGCAGUUCUAGUUCAUCUGAGAGUAAGAGUAACAGUAUUCCUAACGAGUCAAAGGCGGAGCAUAAAAAACCUCCAAAUCUGAAUGCUUUUGAUAUCAUCUCUUUUUCUGCUGGCUUCGAUCUUUCCGGCUUGUUUGAGGAAUUCUCCCCGAAAAGAGAGGAAAGAUUCACCUCUAGACAACCUGCUUCUGUCAUCUUGUCUAAGCUACAGGAAGUUGCCAACUGCUUUAGGCUGAAGGUGAUGAAGAAGGACGCGGGUUUGCUGAAACUGGAAGGGACCAAGGAAGGUAGGAAGGGGAUCCUUGGCAUUGAUGCGGAGAUCUUUGAGAUCACCCCAUCUUUUCACUUGAUCGAACUUAAGAAAGCUAGCGGGGAUACGAUGGAAUAUCAGAAGGCAAUGAAAGAAGAUAUAAGACCUGCUCUUGAAGACAUUGUUUGGGUGUGGCAAGGUGAGCAAACACCCACAGCCACAGUAAAUGCAGAACCAGCUGCAGCAACAAUUUUUAGAUGAGUUCCUGACUGACUUCUCCGGUUCUCUGCUUGUGCUUUUGCUUGCUCUUGUAUAUGAGAUAUACUUGAUUUCCUUUGCUGUAUGUAUCGUUGCUUCACUUACCACGUGCCUUAGGUCAACAGUGGGCAUGUCGAUUUUGUGUAAUCUCUUUUGUGAUGAAGAGAUGAUAAUGCACAUAGAUGUGCCUUGAAGCACACUGUUGAAGUUGUA